GCACCAUAUGGUCGUCUCUGCGCCAAAACUAGGGUUUUAUUUUUUAAUCUCUCUCCAAAUUAUUGCUUAUUGUUCUUGAGACCAUUGAUAGUCGGCUGAAAUUAACCGUUUCAACAACUCUUUAUAGUGUUUUUUUUUUUUCAUGAAUUUUGUGUCGAUUGGUUUCAUUUUAUAAUUCAAGAAAUGUAUUCCUCUCGGGGAAGCAGUGGUUAUGGUCAACAGCUACCGUACUCUUCUCAGUCUUCCUAUGCCGCCCAAAACUUGGGAGGUGCAUUCCCAGGGAGUUCAGUUGGGGCUUCAGAUGGGUCUUUAGGUUCGCGACAUGCAUUGAUGUUAGGAGGCACUGGUCAAGAAUCAGACCCGGGUGGAUAUAGGGCUCACGGUCAUUCUGCGGCACCACCAUCACUUUAUGGUGGGCAGUAUAGUUCUGUCUAUGGUUCCUCUGGGCAGCAGAUUUCCCCUUUGGGUGCAAAAGGAUCUGUACCAUCUGCAUUGGAAAGCCGGGGUGGUUAUGACUCAUCUGUGCCUGACUCACCUAAGUUCACAUCUGGUGACUAUGUUUCGUCAUCAAGUCGUGGCUACGUUCAGAAAAGUGAUCGAUUAUAUCCUGAUAUAUCUGAUUAUCCAUCAAGUGACAGACGCCAAUAUAUUGAACCACACAAUGCGUAUAUUGGGAGGGAUAUGCCAAGCGAAUCUGCUGGUCGAUAUACUGAUUCAGUUGCUCUUGGCUAUAAACAUCAGGCUGAUAUAUAUGAUCGCAUGGAACUGCUUAGACAAGAACAAAUGCUGAAGGCUCGCUCACUGCAAUCUGCUCCUUUUGAAGGGGACUCUAGACAAUCUGAUUAUCUUGCAUCAAGGAGCACAGUUCAUCAUCCUACCCAAGAUCCUGUUUCCUAUGUUGGGAGAACUAACCAGGAACAUCGCAGUUUGUCAAUGCUAAGUGGUUCAUCAUAUGGUGGACCACAUGCUCCAUCAAUUUUAGGAGCAGCCCCACAGAGAAAUGUGGAUGAUCUUGCGUAUGCUCAAAGUUCUUCAAAUCCUGGCUAUGGAGUGAGCUUGCCUCCCGGUAGGGACUAUGGAACAGGGAAGGGCCUCCAUGGCACAUCAGUUGAUCUAGAUUACCCCAAUAGCAUUUCGGCACGUGAUAGUCAUCCAAGAAUGGAUGUUCGUAAAGAUGAUAAGGGUGCAUAUACUCGGGAGAUUGAAGAGAGGGAGAAAGACCACCAUAGGGAUUAUAUACGUGAGCGAGAAAAGGCUAGAGAAAGGGAGAAGGAACGUCUUCGAGAACGAGAUAGAGAUAGAAGUAGAGAACGAGAACGAGAACGAGAACGAGAAAGAGAAAGAGAAAGAGAGAGAGAACGAGAACGAGAACGAGAGCGGGAACGCGAAAGGGAGAGGGAGCAAAGGGCGAAGGAGAGAAGUCGAGAGCCCAAACGUGUACCCGAACUGAGGCGUGAACGAACUCCUCCAAGAACCUCCAGGGAGCUUCGUAGUUCCUCACUUGCAAAGGACAGCAGAUCUGUGCGGCGAGACUCUCCACGUCAUGAAGUAUCACAUAGGCGCCAUUCCCCUGUUAUAGAGAAGAGGAGAGAGUAUAUCUGCAAGGUUGGCUCAUUCAGUUUCGUUCAAACUGAGAGGGAUUAUUUUUCGUUGGAUAAGCGAUAUCCCAGGCUCUUUAUAUCUCCAGAGUGCUCAAAGGUAGUUGUGAAUUGGCCGAAGGAGAAUCUUCGGCUUUCUUUCUAUACUCCUGUAAGUUUUGAGCAUGAUUUUGUUGAAGAGGAGGCUGUGACGGAGCAGGGUGAUUCACCUAAAGAAUUGGCUAAUGAAGUUUCAAAAGGACUUUCUACUGUCUGGAAUGCUAAGCUGAUUUUAAUGAGUGGACUUAGUCAAAAUGCUCUGGCAGAGCUGUCAUCUGAGAGAAACUAUGAUCGCAUACCACAUUUUUGCAAUAUGCUUCGAUUUGCAAUUCUCAAAAAGAACAACUCUAUGAUGGCAAUAGGAGGUCCUUGGGACCCUGUUGAUGGUGGGGAUCCUUCUACUGAUGAUUCCUCUUUAAUUCGCACAGCUCUGAGAUAUGCAAAGGAUGUGACGGAUCUUGAUUUGAAAAACUGCCAGCAUUGGAACCGUUUCCUUGAGAUUCACUACCAGAGAGUUGGAAAGGAUGGGUUCUUCAGUCAUAAAGAAGUUACAGUACUAUAUGUUCCAGAUCUGUCCGACUGUCUGCCUUCACUGAAUUCGUGGAAAGACCAAUGGCUUAAUCACAAAAAGGUUGUCUCUGAGAGGGAACAGGAGCGGCAGCAUGCUCUAAAGAAUGAGAUACCGGGAGACAAGCAGGAAAGCUUGAAAGAUUUGGACCCGAAGAAACUUGAGGAUGUUAAAGAUGCGAAAACCAAAAAUGAAUCACAGAAAAAGAAAGAAAUUUCAUCUUCCGGACGGUCUGUUGAAGUUAAUAAAAAGGAAAAAGAUGCCCAUAAACCCAAAGGCAAAGCGAAUUCAGCUUCUGAAAAAGAGGGGAAUGAGAAAGAUAAAGCAUCUGAAAAUAAACAUGCGGUCAAACCAGCUGAGGAAGACAAGGAUGUAGGGGAGAAGGUUGCGGGGGAAAAUGCCAGUAUUCAGGCAGCUAGUACCAUGAAGCUGGGAAAAAAGAAAACCAUAAAGAGGAUUGUUAAAAAGAAAGUUGUUAAUGAUAAAGGUUCUGCAGAAAGUGCUGCUAAACCGAAUGAUAAGCUCGGCGAAGAAGGUAUUGGUGAGAAGAAUAUUAUCUCAGAAGUUGCUGACCAACAGGACAGCCUAUCAUCUAAUCCUCCAGCUAUCAAAACUUUUAUAAGGAAGAAAACAGUGAAAAAGCCUGUUAAAUCUGUUGAGGAAAAAGUCGAGUGCUUAGCUCCUGAUGUGAAAACUCUGAAUAAUCCUGAGUCUGUAGAUGAUAAAGCAAUGGUUAAAUCGGAUGGAACCACUGAUGCUGUUGUCCAAGAUGGUAGCGCAAAAACAACAGUAAAGAAGAAAGUAGUUAAAAGGGUCCUGAAAAGGAAGGCAGUUUCUGCAGACACCAAGAGUAGUAAGGUUUCCGUAGAUGACCUAAAGGGAGAAAUAAAGGCUGUUCAGCCUGAAAUUGAUGCACUUAUUAAGGAGGAACAAAAUGAAACAGUUGCUGAUAAGGAGGGUGGAAAUAGUGUGGGAAAAAAAAAUUCUGGAUCCGAGAAGGAUAAUAAUAACAAGCAAAAAUAUUCUCAAAAUGAUAAUUGCACAAAGUCAGAAGGAAGGGAAGAGCUGAAAGAUGAGAAAAUAAGAAAAGACCAUGCUGGAAAAGAUGAGCCUGCAAGCAAAGCACAUAAAGAGGUGAAAGAAAAGAAAAAGGUUGAAGAACCUCCCCGACAUCCUGGAUUGUUUCUUCGAACAAAAGGGAGCAAGGAUUCUAAAAUGCAUUCACUAUCACUCUCACUGGAUUCUCUUCUGGAUUAUUCUGACCAGGAUAUUGAAGAAUCAACAUUUGAGUUAUCAUUGUUUGCAGAAUCCCUCUAUGAGAUGCUUCAAUACAAAAUGGGUUGUCGUCUGUUGACUUUCCUUCAGGAGCUGCGCAUCAAAUUUGUAAGGAAGAGAAAUCAACGGAAGAGGCCAAGGGAAGAAACUUCCAAGAAGGAAAAUGGAGAAAAAUUGUUGAAGAAGCGUGUAAAAGCAGAAGAGUCCAAUGAGAAAAUUGAAAACGAAAUUGAAGCAUGUGACAAUGCUCGAACAAAUGACAGUAACAAUAUCAUCAAGCAAGAGGUUACUUCCUCAAAACAGCUUGAAGAUGAUAAGCCUCAAGAUGAACCUAAUGAGGAAGACCCAGAGGAAGAUCCAGAGGAAGAUGAAGAAAUUCCUGAUGCAAGCCCACAGCAUAACUCAACUGAGUUGUCCAUGCAGAAAGUUGUUGAAGAUGGAAAGACAGACACUGAUGCUAAAAGUAAAGAAGUUAAUGUGGAAGAGAAGAACAAAGAGCAGGAGACAACAAAGCAAGCUCCAGAGAAAGAGACCAUUGUGGACAAGAGCAACAAAGAAAAGGUGACAAAGGUGGAACCAAAAACUAAAGACACCCCGGUUGUUGUUGACAAGAAACUGCUGCAGGCUUUCAGGUUUUUUGAUCGAAAUCGUGUGGGAUACAUUCGGGUCGAAGAUUUGAGAUUGAUCAUCCACAAUUUAGGGAAGUUCCUCUCGCACCGAGAUGUCAAGGAACUUGUGCAAAGUGCCCUCUUGGAGAGCAACACAGGAAGAGAUGACAGGAUUCUUUAUGAUAAGUUGGUGAAGAAGUCUGACAAAUAAAGCCAUUGAGAGAAUUUGCUAGAUUUCAUCUAGUUCUCUCAAACUUACGAGAACUUCACUAGGAUUGUCAGCUCUAAUUUUCAUCUGCAAUUUCAGCUUUGAUUAUGUUUGAAUGAAAGACCGAGUUGCAUAUCGUGUGCUUAUUCUACAUUUUCUUUAUCUCGUGGGAUGUUUUGAAGUAAUGCACAAAGAAGACUACAGUUGGGCUCUAAUGCCAAUAUGAAAUAUUUUUCGAUUCCUACUGCACAAGGAAUGAUUUUUAGCAUUGUUUCAAUCAUGUUUUUCUUCAAUUUCUCAACAUUUUAAUUGGUAUUUCAUAGAUGGAUGGCAAUGUCUA